AAAUUAAGAUGAAGUUACUUAUCGUCGUUGGGCUACUUUGCUGCAGUUUUAUAUUCGGGGAGGCUCUAACCUGUAACCAUUGUCAAUCGGUAUAUUCAACCAACAAUGAGGCUUUGAACAUAUCAACUAUGGCUGUAAGCUCAUGUAAUAAGCCUACCGAGUCAGAUUGCAAAGGCAAUGCCAGCUGCGGGACAAUGAUCUUCAAGUUUUACUUCAUGCAUGAGACAGAAGGACUCAUCAUCCUGACAGACAUUGAACGAGAAUGCAUCCCCGCGCAGUAUAGCCAGUUGAUCCCGGCUGGAGACGUAUGCCUAGACGAUGCGUCAGUCGAAAUUAUCCGAGCAGGUUUGCCAGACCCAGUAACCGUGCUUCCUACCCACCUUCGUGCGAUGUACCUGAAUUCCAGCCUCAGCGUUUGUGUGUGCGAUAGCGAGGAUUUGUGUACCCCGCCCUCACCGGUCGCUCCGACCCCGCCCUCACCGGUCGUUCCGAUGACUGAGCCCGCCCCAGAACCAGGCAGUGCUAUAACGUGUGUCACAUGCAUGGAUAUAACUUCGGAGAGUGAUGUUGCCAUCGCUGCCGAUAAGGGAAUUCCCUCCUGUUCAGAUAACCCGACCAGUGUGACGUGUCCCGCUGGCGUAUCAAGCUGUAUCUCAGUGGAAGUCAACGCCUCCUAUAGCCGUGACUCAGGGCCUAACGUGAUGCUGACGAAGGAGCAACGUGGAUGUGCAUCCCUAGAAGGUGCUUCCUUGAUCCCCCAGGGAGAUGCAUGCCUCGACAAAGCAAGUGCGGAAGAGUACUUGAAAGCGGCUGAUUCGCUGGCCGUGAUGUCAGAUGGAGAUGACUUGACUUUCGAGAGCAUCUCUGGCGUUACCCUCUGCGUCUGUGACGGCGCCGAAAACUGCAUGCCGCCUUCCCCUCUCGCAGACAAUACUACACCGCGCGACUGUGAUCUGGUGUCCUCGGCUGCAGGGCUUGGUGCUAGUUACGCCUUUGCUGUUGCCUCGAUCCUAAAUGUCGUUCUCUCAAUGUUUAUUUUCAAGCAGUAAGAACGUGUUGAGAUCCAUCCCCAUCCAUGCAGAUGAUACAAGCCCAUUUAAUACAGAGUUUGGCCAAACUUGGAAGGGGAACAGGGACCCGUUUCAUAAUUUUUUUUAUCUAUAAAAAAUGCAACAUUUCUAUGACAAAUUUGCUCUCAGCCAAUCAGAUGUCUUGAUUUCAGGAGCUUAUAACAGUAGCUUGUAACUUGUUAAUGAUAUUGAUAUCAAGUUUUAUGAAACAGGGUCCAUUUCUUGGCACCAUAAUUCUGACCUAUGAAAGCUCUUAUUGCGUAAAUGCAUGUGUCACAAAUAACUUUCUCUAAUUUGAAUCAAAUGUAAUUAUCCAUAAUUUAGUGGAAUUUAAAUUGAAUUGCUUCUUAGCUUGAGAUAUUUAGCCCUGAAAACUAUUUCACAUCAAAUAUCGAUGAAGCACCUAUAUUAUUGAUUUUUUUUCUUCGGAUUGAGUCAGGAGCGGUGGUUCAUCCUCCGAAUAAAAAGAUUGGGUGGUAGUAUUUUUGUGAUUGUGGUGUGGUGGUUGGGUUGUUCGUGUAUAUAUGCGUCCGUGUGUUUGGUGGUGGUGGUCAGGCGCGUACGCAGGGGUUUUGGGGAGGGGGGGGGGG